AUGCUUCGGGUGUAUGUACAGCUCAAAUCCGUCGAUAUCGCAAAGGACUCAAAGGACGAAUCCCCAGACCAGGGGGCCCCCUCAGAGGCCCCCCCAGGGGCCCCCACGGGGGCCCCCCCAGGGGGCCCCCCAGGGGCCCCCACGGGGGCCCCCAUGGGGGCCCCCCCGAAGCAGGUGUCGACGAUCCACAGCAAAAUGCGGGCGUUGGCCUCGAAGGGUCAGAAGGAAGCGAUGGAUACAGACGGCCAGCAGCAGCAGCAGCAGCAGCAGCAGCAGCAGCAGCAGCAGCAGCAGCAGCAGCAGGAGUUUAAUGUCAGGGAUUUCCUCCAUAGGAGAGAGCAGUUGCAGCAGCAGCAGCAGCAACAACAACAGCAGCAGCAACAACAGCAGCAAGAACAGCUGCAGCAGCAACAACCGCAGUAUCAAUAG